AUGAAUAGCUCGGGAUAUUCAGAUACACCGAGCAUCCUCCAGGCUCCGCUCAUCUCUGCGUUCAUUGCGUGCAUACUGUACGGCGUUGUGUGCACGCAGACGUUCGCGUACUAUAAUCGCUUUCCCCGCGAUUCCAUGUUCAUAAAAACCACGGUCUUUUCAGUUUGUCUACUUGAAGGCGUCCACACGGGCCUGCUCAUCUCUGUUCUUGAUUUCUAUGUUGUCAGAGAGGGUGGCGACGUGGACGUUCUGAAUCUCAUAUACAAGGGUGUCGGGAUUUGUUAUAUCUUCGGAGUAGUAUGUCUCCACCUACAUAGUCAACAUGUUCUACAUUUGGCGCAUAUGGAUCACUCACGGUCAAUACUCAGCCUCAUCAUCGCAACUUUGUCUACAGCGCGUGUUGCGGUUGAAAUAACAUUUUGCACCAAGAGCCUGUUCAACAACCAGUGGAACCUUUUCACCACAUCACUUCGACCUAUCUUCCUCGCGUCAGCGAUUCUGUGCGCUAUCGAGGACUUAUGGAUUGCUCUCUCGAUGUCCUACUUCCUGUACCAGGGAAGAACCUCGACGACGGUGUGCCAGAGUGUGAUCAGUCGGUGUAUACGGUACACCGUUGGCACUGGUUCGUUGACGUUCGUGCUUACGAUCGUCAUCAUCGUUACGAUGUACACGGUCCCCAACAUCACGUUCAUUUGCCUCGUCUACGUCCAGUUCAAAAUUUACUCAAACUCAUUGCUUGUGUCGCUCAACUCGCGCAACCCCAAGCGCCGGCGCGACCCCAUGCGGCCCGACGCUCUGCCUGUGCUUCCCGAAACGCCCAUAUCCACAUCAUUCACCAUAGUCUCCCCGCCAUACUCGCCUCAUCCACCACCUUCCUCCCGUGACCCUGUACGGCCGGGAUGGCACUGGCAGACGGGAGACAUGCAUCCGUACAGCGUGGAAUCUUUCGGGCAUGGCGAUGACACGGAGGGAGGAGGGAUGAUGCCUGCCUCGCCUAUGCCGGUUAUCCUCGAACUUGGGCUCGGGCGUGGACAGAUAACGGAGAGCUCGAAGGACAUUUGAAAGUACAAUUUGUCAUACCCAUAUUUGCACAAGG